AUGAGCGAACGAAACACCAUUACUUUUCUUGUUCAUGCAUCAAUGAAGAAUGAAGAAAACAUUGAUUCACCUGUGUUAUUCGACGAUAUUUACCUAUGUAAAUUAGCUAUUGAAGCAUCAGUGAAUGAUCGAAUACGAUUAAUUUUACCAGCAAUCAGCAGGACAGUCGAAUACUUACCCAGGCUGUUAAGUUUAAGUCAAAUAUUAAUCGUAUUUAUUUAUAUAACAAAUGGAACACCUGAAUUGAUUGUGAAUGAAUGCAUCAAAUUUUCAACUCAGUCUUCAAAAAUUCGUAAGCCUAUAUAUGAAGAAACUUUAUCAGCAUAUUUGUACACUGACCAAGCAACUAAAAUCAACGAAUUCGGCGACGGUGGUAUAGAAUUUCAAAAAGUGACCUGUCCAAUCUGUUUUGAAAUUACACCAACCAAUGAAAUUCUGUUUGACAGAGGAUUUGGAAGACAAAUCUUGAAUUUAUCAAUUGUUUGUAUAGAAAAGAUCAAUGGCUGCAAAUGGACGGGUACAUUGAAAGAAUACAAAGCUCAUAGUGAGACACAUGUUGAGGAAAAUCGAGAAUGCGAGUAUUGUAACGAGAUCUGUCCAUCUAAAUAUUUGCUUGCUGAACAUCAAAAACAUUUAUGUACAAAAGUGACUGAGUUAUGUCCAUUGGCAUCGAAUGGAUGUUCAAAAGAAAAAUUACGACUGCAUGAGAACAAGCUGACAACAGAUGAGACAUCGAAACUAAGCGAUUCAGUUUCAUUAUUGUCAACUGCUGGUUCUUCUUUAUUAACAGCUUCAGCUAUCAACGAUUUUUAUUCUCAGUUGCAGCAAUUUUAUGAGAUGUUGUCUAUACGAACGAACAACAUAGAAACGUUAAAUGAAGAAACAAUUCGUUUGAGUAGAGAAUCAUUAUAUCGUGAAAAUCAGUCACAAUUUUGUCAAACGGAAAUAAAUCAAAUUAAACAAUCUGUUGUUGAGAAAGACUUGUAUGUUGCCGGUAUCUCUUCAAACUACGAGGUAUUACAACAAGAAACAUCAAGUCUAAAACAAAAAAUUGAAGAUUUAAAAUCAGUAACAUUUUGUUUAUUUGAUCAGUCAGGACAACAAAGACACAUUAUAGACUCAUUUCGACCGGAUAUAAAAUCGAAUAGUUUUCACCGUCCUUGUAGUGAAAUGAACAUUGCUAGCGGUAUACCAAAAUUUAUCCCAUUGCAAAUGAUUUUGCAAGAUAAUAACAAUUAUAUUAAAGAUGAUAUUAUGUAUAUUAAAUGUCAGAUUGACUUUAAUGAUAUACCAAAAGUGAUUCAACCAUAUGCUCUCAGUUUAAAUCCAGCAUUACCUCAUAGUGUUCAGCGAAACAUGAUACGAGAGGAAAUUGAACGACGCCGUCAAUCUGAACAACUUGAACAGUCUGCAUCUGCGACCACCAUCACUACGGGCAACGCAAACAAUAAUUUUCAAAUGUUCACAGAUCAACUAAACAACCACACAUCAAAUAUUGUACAAAACGAUACAAAUUCCCAAUUUGGAUCACUUAAUCCUACACAAAAUAUUCCAGUGAUGGAUUCAAACCAAACGCUGAUAAUGGGUGCUCACUCAUCACUACAACAACAAUAA